GUGGUCUACGCUACUUGAUAAACCGUUGCUAGCCAGCAGUGCCAAUAAUUGGGAUUGUCACGAGAACAUGGAGACAAAGUGCAACGAUGCUCAAAGAUUCGGCAACGUCCUCGCUGCAUUUGACUAAUCCGUCCAUCCAACCAAACAGUCGCCAGGGCCAACAUAUUAUAUUUUUGAGUGAAAGCCGGGCGAAAAAUCAUCGCCCACGAGUUCCCAGUGGAAACGCUCGCAACCACAACAACCACGCAAGCAAGCUCCGGUAGCAAACUUUGUCGCGCUAGAGAAAUUCCGUCCGUCCCACAGUCGGCACGAGAGCAAUGGAAACGACUGAAGAAGGUUGCCUCGAUCCUCGCUUUCAAUUCAUUCAAGUUUGGUGAGUUGUGAGUUGGAGGUUUGAAAGGAACAAGCAAGUUGAGCAGGGCCUGGAUUGGGAUCGGAAAAGAUCUGGCCAGCCAGAAGAACAUGCAAUGGGGGUAAAGAUUUCAAUUUCCAUUCCACAGAAAAAGAGGAGAGAAAGUUCACUUGGAUGUAGCUGCAGCACCAGCCAAGCAAGGACAAAUAUGAGCAAUGCUUGUUUACUGGAGCAGCCCAGGAACAUACAGAGCUAAACAUACAUAUCUGUGUGUUUUCUUUUUGGUGGCAGCUAGCCAUAGGCAGUCUGCAGCUUUGUUGGUGAUUCUCCAAAAUUUUUUGGAUUUCCAAAAGAUCUCAAUGGAAACAAGCAGGGUGUUGUAAGAAACUAAUUUGAGCAGAUUGGUGGUCCUUUGGAUAAAAGAAAUGGCAAGCUUGACUUUGUAUUUGAUUGGAUCAUGAUAAAUUGCUUUUGGAAGCUGUAUCGUUGUGGGCACUUGAUGAGAUUCAAGAUCAAUGGAACCACUAAAAUAAAAUUCUAGCUUUUUCAAUAGGAAUUGAUGGUUUUGUUUUCUUGUGGAGGGCAAAACUCUCUUCUACACAUUUGGAGUGUUUUGUGUGUAGCUCACUGGAAUUUGGGUGGCAACCAAAAAUGCCCAGUGUGGGCAUUGAGAUAUUAUGUGAAAGGUAGUCCAUCCCAUCCCUCUAGAGCAAGAAAAGGAAGAAACUCUCUAGCCCUAGUUCUCACUCCCAAGGAGAAAAGAAAAGAAAAAAUGAAAGAGAAGAGCUUUUGGGGCUUUUGAUCGAUAGAAUUCCUCCUUGCAAGUACCAAAUCUUUAUCGCGAAAGAAGAAGAAAAUGGGCUUGUGCCUGUCCAAGAAGGAUGUGUUGAUCCAGAAACCCCAGCGCGAUCAUCUGCUGAGCCUGAGCGGCAUCCACAACGCCGCGAUUCUCGUCCCCGACAGCCCCUCCAUCUCGGUCGUCUCCACUGAGCUCUCCAGCCUCGCCGCGGCCGAGCGCCACCUCCUCAAGAACCGCAGCAGCAGCGGCGGCGCGAUGCGAUCCAGCAGCGCCUCCAAUAUGGCCGAGUGUGGGAGCGUCCGCGAGUGGCGAUUCCACCGCAACAGCAGCGCCGGUAGCGGCAGCGUCAGGAAUCUCCUCAGCAGCAGCAGCGACGCCGACGCCGACGAUCUGGCCAGCGGCGCUUCCUACAGCGCCGCCGCUCGAUCGUCGGGGUUUUCGUACCUCUCCAGCCCCAUGGUCGAGGCCAUGGACGCCGCCUUUGGCCUGGACAGCAUCGCUAGGAGCUACGCGAAGGCCAGGGAGAGAUUCGAGCUCGACGGCGUUGGCGCUGGGUUGAAUCCCAGGCUCCUGGAGAUCGACGAGGACGAGGAAGAACACGAAGAAGAAGAACGCCACCAAGAGCAAGAAGAAGACGACGAUGGUAUGAGCGAAUAUUCGUCGACGUGCUCGUCGCUGGGGAUCAAGAAGAAGAGCCAGGCGAGGAGCUUGCACGUCUUUGGCGAGGUCUUUGGGGAGCCCACGCCGCGGAUCAACAGGAUGGCGGCUCCAGCCAUGCCCACCAUUCGAAUCAUCGCGGGCGAGAGGGAUUCCUUCUCCAAGAAAUGCGAUGUCUCGGUGUUUGGGGCUGAUCACUACUUCCACGCUCGCAAUCUCCACCCAUCCCAGCAGCACGCCGCGCGAUCAUCGGUGGAUUUCGGCCCUGAGAUCGCUGGAUCGGGCGAGCAGCCGCAGCACAACGUCCAUGUUCGCAGCGCGCGCUGGGGAUUCGUCCUCGAUUCCGGUGGAUCCGACGAGAUGGAGGGCGACGAGGAGCUCUCGCGAUUGAGCACUAGCAGCGUCUUGGUCGAGCCAAUCUCCAAGCCCUCGUUCACCAACUCCUCCAAUGCUGCCGUGUUCAUGGCUGUUCCUCCCCGAUCGGAGUCGUGGCACGCGAAUUUCUCCUUCUCACACAUGAAUCCAUCCUCGGCGGCGGUGAAUCCUCCUCCUCCCUUAGCCAAAGAUCAAAGAUACGAGGAUUCUAUGACCUCUAGAUCUAGCACCACGAGCAGCAGCCACGAUUACUCCUCUUCCUCGCGUGAUCUGAGCUCCAACCUCAACUCGUAUGGAUUUCCUCCUCCUCGCGCGGCCGCGAAGAAACUCGUGAGGGACUCCUCCCUGUCUUCAUCCGAAGAGGGUGACUCCAGCAAUUUCCAGAGAUUGCCAUAUGAUCGUUGUGAUCUCGAUGGCGACGACAGCGAUAGCAGCAACGAUCUUUUCGAGAUCGACAACUUGGGCAAGGACUUCUUGCUCUAUCCCAUGAACAGCGCGUUUCUCCAGGAUCCAGACAUCUCCUACUCGUCCGCUGCGAACAAAUCGACGAUCUCCACCAAGGGCUCCAAUCCUCAGCACCAAUUCCAGCCGAGGAUCGUCGGCCAUAGCAGUGGAUCAUCGAUCCUGGGGCCGACGCAGCGCGCAAAUGUUUUGGUUUCUUCGCAUUCCAAGCCGAGGUCGUCAAGUGGCAGCGAUCUAAACUUCCAGCCGCCAAGGAAGAGUGUCAAGGGGAGGAGGAAGAGCGGCAGUGGGUUUCAUGGGAUCUCAUCGGUGGAGAACGAGAGCUUCUACGCGAGAUAGAAAUCUCUCACUCCACUCUGGAUCGAUCAGUGUGGAUCAUGCAUUGCUCCUUUUGUGUUUUAUCUAUAUAAACUUUGGAAGGAAAAAUAUACGCCUUUUUUAAAUUCA